AUGAGCAUCGGAGCAGCAGCGGCCCUGAGAACAGAAUGGGUCGAGAGAAGGAAGAUUGCGGAAGAAAGAUCAGAUGGAGGAGAGAUCACACUCUUAGAAAGCUGGGCUCACUUCAAGAGGACUCUCAAAGAUCACUUUGCAGACACACACAAGGAGGAAAAAGCAAAGUACGAGAUCAUGUACAAGAAGCAGGGAGCUCUGACAGCUCAAGAGUUCUUUGUAAAGUUCAAGGAGUUGAGGAGGCAAGACGGCUAUGACAUCAAAAGGAACGAACAGUUUUUGAUCACCUUGAUCAGAAACAAUGUAAAUGGUCCGCUUAUCAAGCAGAUCAUCUACAAUGGGAACGUUCCCACGAUAUAUGUGGAGUGGAAGGCAAGGAUUGUCACCAAUAAUCAAUUGUGGCGAGACCAGAUGGAGAAUGAGAAGAUGAUGAAAGGAUCAACCAGCGGCAGCUCCGAAAGGGGCACUUCGGAGAAAAAGGCCGAGACGGUGGAAUUAAAGAAAAACGGCACGGGUACGCUAUACACUGGAGCCGGAAAAGAGAUGGAAGUAGACAAGCAGAAGUUCCGAGUAGAAGGACACUGCUUCAAGUGUGGAGAAAAGGGCCAUAGGGCCAGAGACCACCUAAACGGACAAAUACCAGAAAAGAAACCAAAUAAAGAUGAAAAUGAUAUCGCCUUAUUUAAAGACACACAAGAUUUAAGACGAAAAGAGCAAUCUAUGAAAGAGGAGAACCUGAAAGGGAAACAGGUUGAUAAGAUUCCCAAAGAUGCGGCGCAGUCAGUACCUAAAGGGGAUAGGACUGAAAGAAGCGCAGCAGCUAAAAAGGAGACAACUGAAGCACAGAAUGUUAUGACUCAAUUGGGUAGCAUAACUGAGACUGAUGCUCCAACCCGCUCCAAAGAGGUCAGGAACACCUCAGAUAAAAACCUAGACAAAAAGAAAGAUCUGAAAACACCAUGGACAGCUGUCUGGAUAGCAGAAAGACUCAGGGACCAAAAGGAAGAAAGAUCUAUUGGUAUCCUAAGUAGCUGGACCCAUAAGAAACGAGGACUAGAAGUCAAUGCAGACCUGAUAAAAGAACUAAACACUUUACCAAUUCACGAAACGGUAUUAGCAUUGGAAGAACUGAGAAAGCCCAAACAAUUCAUUUGCGGCACUCAGGGAAACCAAAUGAAUGUCACCUGCAGACUGACAAACCUCGCAUCACAUCAAUCAACAACAAUUGAAGCACUACUAGAUAGUGGCUGUGCCGGAAGUUGCAUAGAUAACAAAUUUGUUGAAGAACAGGGAUUGUUACGAUAA